AGAAAAAAAGCGGCAGAACAUGAAGAGGCUUCAUCCCACCACAAACGGCGCACCCAAACUAAUCGUAAUCCUCCUCGACAUCUCGUAUAGCAUCCACAACUCCCGUCAACAGACCCGCCUCCUCCCGGGCCCUCUAUAUCCCGAGUCAAAUAAAGACCAACCGACUUUUCUUCUUUCGAUUCUUACAGUCCACUGCCGCUUCCUCUCCUACGUCAAACCACGUUGGCGACGUUAAACCGCUUCAGCCAUGGCCGCAAUCGAGAGUUUCGACGGUAUCUACCUCGACCUGUCCACAUCAAGCGGCAAAUGCAGGUUCGCCGAGACGGGGUUGGGAUGGAAGCCGGCUGGCGGUGGUGACACCUUCACACUCGAUCAUGAGCAAAUAGCUUCUGCCCAAUGGAGUCGCGCCGCCAGAGGCUACGAAAUUAAGAUUCUCAGCCGCGAGUCUCGCAUUAUUCAACUCGACGGUUUCCAGCAAGAGGACCACGACCGUCUGAGCAAAAUCUUCAAAAACUGGUACAGCACCGUCCUCGAGAACAAGGAGCAUGCCCUCCGUGGUUGGAACUGGGGCAAGGCCGAAUUUGGCAAGGCCGAGCUCUCUUUCAACGUCCAGAACCGUCCAGCCUUCGAAGUCCCCUACUCCGAGAUCUCCAAUACCAAUCUAGCGGGCCGGAACGAAGUCGCCGUGGAAUUCUCCCUGCCUUCCGACAAGAACGAUACCGGUACGAAUGGCCAGCUGGGCGGCGCUCGCGGUAAAGGGAAGAAGGCCGGAGCUGGCAAGGACCAGCUUGUCGAGAUGCGUUUCUACAUCCCCGGUACUGUUACCAAGAAGGAGGUCGACGGCGACGAUGCGGGUAGUGAUGUGGCAGAGGAGGAGAAGAACGCCGUCACCCUCUUCUACGACACACUUCUGGACAAGGCCGAGAUUGGGGAGACUGCUGGCGACGCCAUUGCCCAGUUUCUCGACAUCUUGCAUCUUACGCCAAGAGGACGAUUCGAUAUCGACAUGUACGACGCGUCGUUUCGACUGCGCGGUAAGACGUACGAUUACAAAAUCCAGUACGAAGCGAUCAAAAAGUUCAUGGUGCUCCCCAAGCCUGACGAUGCCCACGUCAUGGUCUGCAUCGGCUUGGAUCCGCCACUACGCCAGGGCCAGACGAGAUACCCCUUUGUCGUCAUGCAGUUCAAGAAGGACGACGAGGUGACCCUGGACGUAAAUCUCACGGAAGAGCAGAUCAAGGAGAAGUACGGCGACAGGCUACAGUCACGAUACGAACAGCCUCUUCAUCAAGUGAUUACCUACAUUUUCCGAGGGCUCGCCAACAAGAAGGUGACGACCCCAGCUCGGGACUUUCAAACGCACCGCAAUCAAUUGGGCAUCAAGUGCUCCAUCAAGGCGAGCGAGGGCUUCUUAUACCUGCUGGAGAAGGCGUUCAUGUUCAUCCCCAAGCCGGCAACAUACAUCGCGUACGAGCAGACGGCGUCCGUCACGUUCUCCCGCGUCAGCGGCGCCGUCUCGGCGCUCUCGACGUUCGACAUCACGGUGCAGAUGAAGAACGGGGCGGGCUCGACGCAGUUCAGCAACAUCAGCCGCGAGGACCUGAAGGCGCUGGAGACGUUCUUCAAGCUCAAGAACCUGCGGGUCAAGAACGAGAUCGACGAGGACGCCAACCUGCUGGCGGCGGCGCUCCGGGACCAGGACAUGGACGACUCGGAGGACGAGGUGGUGGGCACCAAGGCGGACCGCGGCUCGGCGGACGAGGACGAGGAGAGCGUCGACGAGGACUUCCACGCCGAUAGCGAGAGCGAGGUGGCGGAGGAGUUUGACUCGAACGUGGAGACGUCGGACUCGAGCGAUGCGGAGAGUGGCGUUGACAAUGCGAUGGACGAGGGGGACGGCGAGGAAGAGGAGGAGGAGCGCCCGAAGAAGAAGAAAAAGGCAAACUGAGUUUCAGAACUGUUUCCCUCUUUGUCUUUGUGGAGGGAGAGGGAGGGGGCUUCUCGUUCUACAAUGGUCUUGUCUCUCUACGGCGUGAAGAGGGGGAAAUGCGCGAGAUAUUCCAUGGUCAGGUUUUGGCGUUAUGGCAAGGGGAGACGAUGUCCUUUUGUUUCUUUUUUUUUAACUGGUUGAUGUAUUUUUCCUGUCUUAACAUUUAGUUUCACCUGACACUGCAGGGAAUAGACGAGAAUAAGUCUCAAGUUUCAAUCUCGGG